GGCAGUCACAUUUCUCCGACUACAUCCAUCCAUCCAUCCACGUCGGCUGCCAUUUGUCGCUAUCUUGUCAUUCCGCUGUCUGCUUCUCCCUUCUGCCCCAGUCAGCACCACUGCCGCGCUCUCCUUCUCUGUACUAAUUAUUCGGUCCACUCCUUCACUCUUUGCGCAUCAAUCGCCUGCGUCACGUCCCCAAUGCUGUGAAACUUUGGCGCCAUGUCGACCUCCGCCGAUAUCCCCAACAAAACCCGCCUUUCGCAUCAGCCGUCUACAAUCCGCACCGUCCUGUCGCUGCCGCCGCAAUGGCUUUCAAUGUAUGAUGAGUUCAUCACCAAAAACGCUGGCCAGGUCUCCCAAAUAGAAUCGGCUCUGAGGUCGCUGACGUACAUCAUCCCUGGUCGUUUCCGCGACGCCGAGAUUGCCUCCGAAACAGUCCAUUCGAGUGUGCAGCUUCUAUCUCUCUAUCAUGACACACUCCUCAUGCGUGCCUUAUCGCGCAUUCCUAUGGCGCGGCUACCGUCCCCCCACAGUCGCUACACCAAGUACUGGACCCAGCGGAGUCCCAUGUACCGCCGCAUCGCCAUGUUACUGCAGAUGGUUACCUACACACAACUACUCUGCGAGAUGGCAGCCAAGAGGCGUGGAGGUGAGCGCGGCCGAUGGCGUGUCGUCGUAUUGUUGGAGGCAAUCAAAGCCAUCUGCCGUCUGCUGCUACUGCGCGUAACGCGUUCACGGCCUCUUGUCUCUCCCGUCCUUCCAGAGCGCGAGCCUGUCCCCGAAGAACUCGAAGGCGACGACGACGCUAGCACCAUCAAGGAAAUGCUCGUCGAGCCCGUCAACGGCCAUGCAUCAGGAGGCGAGGACGCCCCGAAGCCCCACGAAAAGGAUUGGGUCAUGCCUAGGACAGGAAUGAGCCUGCCCUCGUUACCCAACGCUGGCGAUGUCAGCAGCUACCUCCUGGGCAAGGUCCUCACGGCCGAAGAUAUUAAACCAGCCGCCAAGUUGCUGAACCAACUCCAAGGCAGCGCCCAGGCGGCUGAAGUGCUCCACAUUUUGGCGCCGCUGGUAUACUCACUCGCCCUCUCCAAAAGCAAGAAUAAGAAGGCGUGGACACCGUGGCUGAUUGGCCUGAGCGUUGAGUAUGCCGCACGUCAACUCAGAGACCGGAGCUUCAGGACCACGCCGCUUGAACGUGACGAGUGGAACAAGCGAGCCUGGGCCAUGGGUUGGUGGACGAUGCGGGGGGCUUUUUACGAAAAUAUUAUGAAGGGCAUCGUCGGUGGCGUGCGAUCAAGAGUCCCCGGGCUCAUUGGUGGCAUUCUGGAAGACUACGAGUACCUGUGGGAAAAUUACUACUUCAGCACCAGUGCAUGAGGCAUAGCGACCUUGCGACUAUUUUGAAGAAGUAUCAGACGAGUCGGCUACAUUUAAUAGUGAAGUUCGGCGUGGCAUUCGAAGAGCUUCUCGCCAGAUUCGCCACCAUCCUUCAGAUCUGGCAUCAUGCCGCUGAGGUCAUGGCCAGACCGCCUCAGACUGCCGCCUCAGGCCGCCAUCAGCUUACAGGACGGUGCACUGUUCAACGGCAGCGAAUCGCAAAGGCGGUGCCUUUCUUUUCUCGGGCCAUGCGGACAACCAGUUGCGUGGUGCCAACCAAGAUGCAAGCUACCUUAAAGGUGUGCCGACACGCACAAACCCCAAGAAUACCUUGGUCUGAGGUUACGUUACGCGGUCUGAACGGGCGCCAUGUAAGGAAGAAUGUAAAGGGUUGAGUCGCGGCUCGUUGAUGGUGGCCGGUAGCCAUGCCAAGCCAACCUAUCAUCGAAAACACGCAGUGGCAGAUCCUAGGGAGGAAAAUUCGGAAUACGUAUAAAAUCACCCGACAGCUGCAGCAACAAUUCUUGGAGACCUUACGCAGUCGCGAGCACACACUCAGCCAUCUCAUGGCUGAAUUGAGAAUGGGAAUUAGACAUGGUAGUGACGAGGAGGAUAGCCGGCCAUACCUUAUGUCGCGCCUAUUCUUGAGACAAGGUCUUAACCGCUGCGACGAAGGGAUUCCAGUCUCAACCAUGACACAGCUAGCUGCAAUAGGGGAAUGUCACGGCUACCGUCCGGCCUAUGUACCCUAGCAACCCGUGGUCGCGGCUGAGCCUCCGCAGCAGCGUCCUACCACCCUCGCCGUGAGAAACGGGAGUUGCAAGACAGCGGCUAUCCUUAGUUACUUGCUCUCCGGUGGAAUAGUUCAUGAGACUGACGGACACAUAGAUCUGAAGUGGCGGUAAGCAACAAGUUUCAGCUUGUGGAUAAGAGUUGGGCACGAUGACGCGAGACGGACAAAGAAACUUUCACCCUCAUUGCCCAUGUAUCAAUUUUACAUGAACACGUAUUAUGUACUCUGUAUUAUCCCU